AUGGAUCUUUUUCCAGUUUAUAUUGAUAAGAUACAUGGAGAUGCUAUUUUUGUUGAUCAUUACCAAACAAACAAAUUGGUCACAACUUUACUUGCUGGUUCAAUAAUAUUAAGAAUUCAUUUAUACAAUGCUGAUGAAAAUGCACGUAAAUGUAAUCUAGCAUGUUAUCUUGAAACAACAAAUUCAUUUAAAAAUAAAUUUAAAUCAAUUAAAUUCAAUACACUUGUUGUUUGUGGUGAAAUUAAUAGUUAUCAUUUAAUAACGAGUAAAGGACCGGCAACAGCAAUUGAAUUUGCUUUAAAACUGUUAUCACAUUAA